CAAACUAGUCAAGCAAGCUUUUGUCUCUAACUUCGUCUUCACCCAGGCUUCAGGUACUUCACUUCUCCAUAAGAUUGGAAUAAUGUUUCUCAAAUGUUUACGCUUUGGUGAUUCAAAGAAGGGGGGAAAAUAUCCAAUAGUAAUAGAAGAGCAAUGCCAUCAUUUUUCGUUUCAAGCUCUUAGAAAGGCAACCAACGGCUUUGACAAGAAUCUUCAAAUUGGAGAAGGAGGCUUUGGUAAGUUUUACAAAGGUUGUCUCAAACAUAAUAAUGGUGAUGCAAGUGAUCAUACGAUCGCAUUGAAGGUGAUGCCUAUUUGGUAUUAUGAGUUCAAGAAGGAAAUUGAGAUGCUAUGUGAGCUUCGUCACACAAAUAUAAUCUCCGUUAUAGGCUUCUGCUACCAAAAAAAGAAACGUAUUGUUGUAUAUGAGUACCUGGCGAAUGGAUCACUCCAUGAUUACUUGAAUAAUAAGAACAAAGAACCACUGUCAUGGAAGAAGAGACUAGAGAUCUGCAUCGGAGUAGCACGUGCUCUACACUACCUUCACGUUGGAGCCAAGCGUUGUUGUAUCAUUCAUCGUGACAUAAAGCCUCAUAACAUUCUAUUGGAUGGGAAUAUGGUUCCCAAAAUCUCGGGUUUUGAGUUAUCAUUGUACGGAGCGCUCUCUGCAUCAAAGGAAAAGAAAAUUGAAGUAGAUUGCGUUGCAGGCACAGUUGGAUACAUUGCUCCUGAACACAUCCGGCAUGGUUAUGUCACUGAUAAAAGUGAUGUUUUCUCCUUUGGUAUGGUUCUGCAAUUCGUGAUGGGCCACGGUGUUUCGCGCUUCAAACAUGAUGCCGACACUCUUGAGGAGACAAUAGAUCCAAAUCUGAAUGGGAAGAUUGCACCAGAAUGUUGGCAGGUAUUCACUAGUGUCAUACAGAGUUGCUUGCAGCACGAAGCAGAUGAGCGACCUACAAUGGGCCAAGUUGAGAUACUGCUUGAGAAUGCUCUCUCAUUGCAGGAACAAGCUGAUAUUACAAACACCAAUGCUGCUCCCUAUACUUUAUUAUCCACUACUUGUUUGUCCGAUAUAUUUUCAGGUUGUAUAAGUAAUGGUGAUCUGACCUUUGAUGCUUCAAUGGAGGAAGGCUCUUUCUCGGAAGUAAGUAGUGACUAAGAGUCUAAGAGCAAGUAUCAGCUGAAUUUCUUGUGCUUCUUAUACUAAUCAUGUUUCUGUUUCCUUCUUUGCUGCCUGUUAAAUGACACAAAUAUGUGUGCAGAGAUUAUUAUUAAUUUAUUGCUAUUGUUGUUGUCAAUGUAUUCAAAUAAAGGGCACCACUUAAAUAAAGAUCCCAAAAA